AUGGACGGGUUCUUGAGGAGCCGAAAGACGGCGCGAUCGCAAGAUCGAGAGCGGGCUGGCAUGCAAGGUGCCGUGCAAAGUGCCGUGCAAGGUGGCAUGCAAGCUGCGGUGCAAGGUGUUGCGCAAGGUGCCGAGCAAGGCGGCAGCCAGGAGGUACGUGCGGGAACGCCAACAGCCGAGCAAGAGACUGGAGUAUCGGCGAAUGCAGUGGAGAGGACGCACGACAUGGCGAACGAGCUAUACUCGCUCGUAAUGUCGAAGAACAACAUCCUCAUCAUCAUAAAGGAGAAGCAAGCCAAGCUAACGGCAAUGGCAAAAAGAGCAGUGCAGGAGCACAAGCGGCUUCUGCAGAGAGCCGAGCAGGCGGAGCAGGAGCUCGAAGCGGCGGCCACCCAGGCGAAAGAGCUGCACGCUAGGGCCGAGGCAGCCGAGGCGAUGGCCAUGGCGGCUGAGGCGAUGGCAGCAGAAACCGAGGCGAAGGCAGCAGAAGCCGAGACGAGAGCCGAGGCGGCGCAAAGGGCACGGGCGGAAGCCACGAUGGCAACGCCAGCGAUCGACCUUGCAACACCAAAGGCGAGGAUGGAAAAGAGGAAGCGGGAGACCCCGGGGGAAGAAGAGGAAAAGAAGAAGCCCCGGGGACCCGAAGGAAGCCCUGAUGCGGCUGGCAAAGGUGAAGAAGGCUGGCAAACGGUGCCCGUACGGUCGAAGAAAGGCCCGCCAAAGCCGACUACCAGCCCAAAUCCUGAGCAAAGGAGCCGGCGAAAGAGCUUCCGGCAACGCAUCCCCGAAGAGAUGCAAUUCAGGUCGAGAUGA